AUGUCCCGCCGGGGCCCCGCUCAGGACUCGGGCACCCCCAGGCGCAAGGCAGUGCAGGCCAUGGGGCCACGGGCCGCGGCGGGGCAGGCGGAGGCCCAGCAGCUGCAGGAGCUGCGGAGCCGGACGGAGAGGGCCGAACGGAGGCUGCUGGCCUGCGAGAACCUGGUCGGGGAGCUGGGCAGCAACCUGGCCGCCCUGGGCAACCUCCUCCAGGACUACGGGCACCUCCAGCAGCGGCUGGACAACGUGGAGAAUCUCCUGAAGAACAGGAAUUUCUGGAUCUUGCGGCUGCCUCCCGGCUCCCGGGGCGAGGUCCCCAAGGUACCGGUCACGUUCGAUGACGUUUCGGUGUACUUCAACGAGCAGGAGUGGGAGAGGCUGGAGCGCUGGCAGAAGGAUCUGUACAGGGCUGUGAUGAGGGGGAACUACGAGACGCUGAUCUCCCUGGACUAUGCGGUGGCCAAGCCUGACAUCCUCUCCCGGAUCGAGAGGGAUGAAGAGCUCUGUGUCCGAGACGGUCAGGAGCCCCCGCAGACGCGUAUCGGAGACAGUGAGGAGCCCCCGCAGACACCAGAAGAGAUGGACCGGGUGGAAGAGGCUUUGGGAGAAGACGAAGUCCCCGUGGAAGCUGACACAGACUAUGCGGUGCCCAAGCCUGACAUCCUCUCCCAGAUCGAGAGGGACGAAGAGCUCUGCGUCAAAGACGGUCAGGAGCCCCCGCAGACGCGUAUCGGAGACGGUCAGGAGCCGCAGACGCGUAUCGGAGACGGUCAGGAGCCCCCGCAGACGCGUAUCGGAGACGGUCAGGCCCCGCAGACAGGCGUCCCAGGUGGUCAGGAGCCCCUGCAGACACCAGAAGAGGUGGACCAGAAGGAAGAGGCUUUGGGAGAAGAUAAAGUCCCCAUGGAAGCUGACACAGAGCUCCCCAUCCUGGUGAUGAAUGUCAUGUCCCUGAGCGCGCAAAAAGAGGAGCGGCGCAGGGAAGAUCAGCCUGAGACAGAGAUGGAAGAGGAGCCGGCUGAGUCCAACACCGAGGGAGGCUUUUUAACGGAAAGUGAAAUGGCGUGUGAAGGGGCUUCUCCUGAAAACGUCAAGGUGAAGGAAGAGGAGCCCAAGGCGUUGCAAGAGGUUUCUGCACCCUCUCCCAGCCCAGAGAUCCAGAAGUGCCCCAAAAGCGAGCAGGCCAAGGCCAAGAGCAAGAAGAAGCCGAGCAGGUGCGCGAGCAGCAGCCUGCUGAUGGGCAACUGCCGGCGCGGCUACGUGCGCGAGUGGUCGCACCCCUGCACCGAGUGCGGGAAGCGUUUCCGUCUGAAAAUCAACCUCAUCAUCCACCAGCGGAGCCACGCCAAAGAGGGGCCCUACGAAUGCACGAUGUGCGAGAUCAGCUUCGCAGACAAACGCCACCUGGACCUUCACCAGAGCAUUCACAUAAAAGACAGGGCCUUUGGGGCCAAGGUCUGGGGGAACGUCCACCCGGAGCUGAGGAUCCGGCCGAGGAGGAGGUUCUGCGGGGCUUUCUGCGGAGGUGCCCACGGCCUGGGCAACGGGACGUACGCUGGGGGGCCCUGGCUGGGCCAGGCCAAGGAGGAGGUGGACAGAGGGAGCCUGUCCAGCGCGUGUUUCUCCCGACAGCAGAGUCCUAAGUCUAGUCGGAAGUCUGUGCUGAAAUGCAGUCUUUGCAAAAAGAUUCUCUCUUGCACCUUUUCCCUUCAGCGGCACCUGCAGACCCACUCGCGGGACAGGCCGUAUUGCUGCACCGCCUGCAAGAAAUGCUUCACCCGCCGAACUCACCUCUCGCGCCACGAGAAAAUACACGACCGCCAGAAAGCCCUGGCUGCGCUCCAGCAGCCCGCGACGGCCCAGCCCGCGACCGUUGUGCCAGCGCCCCGGCAGCCCCAGCCACGAGGAGCCCCGGAGGCACCCGCGGGCGGGAACGUUCCUCGCUCACCAGCCCAGGCAUCCGAGAGAAACGUUAGCCCAGCGGCCACCGCAGCCAAAGCGGGUCCAGCAAACGUGCUCCUGAUCAGUCCUGCAGAACUCGGACCGCCAGACAAGAACUGCCACAUCCACGGCUGGGGCGGGAGAGCCAUCCAGCCCGUGGUUAGACUAGGAAAUAGGGCAGCGGUUUCGGGGGUGACGGAGAAAUGACGACAGGAGAGAUCCAAACCGCUUGUGUCGCUGGAGAGAAACUGCGUGAGCGUUGAUUUUGCACGUGGUGGGGCGCUGGGGUUGUGAACCAUCUGUACGCUGGAUUUUAGGAGCCUUCCUGAAUUGUAGAAGGAAUCAAAAGCUUGGAUACCACCACAGAGAGCAAAUUACAGAAGCCUCCAGUGAUCCAAAAUGUUUUACCAUUCCUCAGACUCUCGUGUCUGCUGGCUGAUGCCUGAAAUUUUCCCGAGCUGACGUUCCUGGGAGAUAACCGGGUACCUCUCCUGCAGCCCAGCGAGAGGAACUGCACACAGCAGCUGAGCUCACCCGUUACUCGAUGCAGGAGCUGACCCCUCGCGUUUGGCAAUACAAUUACACGGUGAAGAGGACAGAGAGGAGGGAAUCAAGCUGGCGAGCCAGGCGGGAUUCCCAAGGAGCUCUUCACUUCACUGACAAAGUUUCUUGACCAAGACGCCGGAUGAAGAGAGCGUGGCAUCUCCGAGACCCCAUCGCGUCCUGGCCAUGCUUGUUUAAUAACCCACCCUGGUGAGGAAAUCUGCUAACCCCUCGACCAGGCUGGGAACACCGGAACGUUGCACUGGAAGAUCCGUAGACCAAAUCAAACCACAAUAUUUUCUGCUUGCGAGGGUGCUGCGGGUGUUUCUGAGGUCCCAAGCAGCACUCCUUCCUUCAACGAGGCCAGCCCGCGAGAGCCAGAAACACCCACGUGAGUUAAUUCCCUCAGGACCAGCCUGCACAGAUGGAGAGUCACUUUAGAAAUACUUCACGGGUAAGAUUACUCCUGCGCUGCAGCGGCGGCAGUCCGCGCGAGGACUCCUCCCUGGGGCUCAGGCGUGUCGGCUGCCGCGCGCCGACGCUGGCUCUUGCACGGGAGCAGCCCCUCCGCUCGGCCCUGCUGCGGAAGGAAGCCCCCGCUCUCCAAACUGCAGGCCGUCUCCUUUAGUCAUGUGCAAAAUCCCACCGUAACUAAUCCUAUGGAAGACUAGUUCUGCUAGCUACCUCAGACAUCUUGCGGAGUGAGACCUGCCCAGAGGCCAGGCGGGUAACUGGAGCCUGGGAAGCGAUGAAAGCCAGGCCACGUGUGGCUCCGGUGUCCCCAGGAAUCACUCGAACCGUGCGUGUCCGCGGCCAGAGCCCUGCGUGUGUCACGUGCGCUGCUGGGAAGCACGAAUUGUGUACGGAGAGAAGAAACUGGUCCUGGUGGCAUUGCCGUGCAGACCAAACAGAGAAGCUGUUAGGACUCUUGAGUUUAGUUUUCCAGGUUUUUUUUUUUUUUCAUUGAGUUGUUUGAUGUAAUUACUUGACAUCACUAAGUCCCUGUCCCUCUCCGGGCAGGGAGUGUGGGGAACCAGUUUGCUUAUCACAUUUUUCAUUCCUGGCCACUCACGAGGUCUGAUGGGCUGCAGGGGUGCUGCUGCGGGCAGCGUGCUUUGGGCGCCGAGGAAAUGCCCAUGCCGCGUCCUGGUGUAAUCCUCGGUGCCAAGCGGUGCCCGGCCACGUCCCUGCCCCGCGGAGGGACAGCAGUGUCAGCGCUGCUCCUCGGGGACACCCCCCAAGUCCCACUGCUCCUCUGGGCCGGUUUCUCACUCGAUUCCUGUCCCCCGCGAUUGCAGAGCGUGCCUGGGCUGCGGCGUUAGCCAUGAGGGGGUGACGGUGGCAGACAGGUUGGCCCCGUGUCCCCAGAGGGACGGCGCUGCCUGCUGCCAAGCCCUGUAGGAUACAGGGGCGGCUGAUGCCUUAUGGUUGUGUGGCGAUGGUGGGUCUGGCAGCGAGCCCUGCUCUGGCACAGCACGGCGGCGCGGGCUGUAGUGACCGAGCUGGUUAUCCCUGCCCAGGUAGAGAUCCCAGUGACACCCAGUUGAUCCCAGUGACACAGGGGAUGAGUCAGCUGGUGUGACGGUAUUGCCGGUGGGCAGUACCUCCAAGGGCCAGCGUGGCGGGUGCGGAGGGGCCGGCCUCUCCCUCGGGCCGACUGCCCCAACCGAGGCAUUUCUUCUAAAGCUGUUGUGACUGGGACCAGCGUUUCCUAUGAAAUCCCAGAUCCUUUUCUCAGGCUAUGGAAUCAGUAAAGUAUUUGUCUGUACAGCUGCCUGCUUUGUGGGGGGCUGAGCUGGCACCGGCGCUGCCGGUGAAGGGGUAACCUGGAUCGGCCCAGGCGGAGCGAGGCA